GCGAGAGCAGAGCUAGUGCGAGACUAUGAAGUCUCAACUUGCCUACGUAGCGCUAGCUACAUCAGUGGCCGUCGCUGUUAUUUGGUACACUCGAUCGGAUCACUGGAUGGCAACAAAACUUGUAGAUGUCAAUAAAGUUCCAAAAAUAAUGAAGAGUAAUAAAGAUUUUGGCCUAUUGCUUCGUCGGAAAGCUUCCCGGAAAGAUUUAUUAGCACGCCAUCUUCCUCAAGUAUAUAGAACUUUACCACGUUCUGGUUAUAAUGAGUCAAUCAAGAAUCCCUGCUGGUGGGUCAAUACAACAUUUCAAUAUAACUUCGGCAAGUCAUAUUACUCAAAAAAAUUUAUGUAUGCAUACACAAACAUGGGAGUUCAUUGGUCUUAUGAGAAACUGGAAACAUUACUGCUGCAAAAGAAAGCUCCCACUCUACUAUGUCUACCUUACUUUCUUCUUAUUGGAAUGCCUAAGUGUGGAACAACUGAUCUGUAUCGACGCAUUGUUCAGCAUCCACAAGUGAUUGCACCUGCCUCGAAAGAACCACAUUGGUGGAGCAAGAGGAGGAAUCAAGUUGGUGGACCAACAUUUUUGGACUACUUGUUUCUCUUCAGUAUGCCAGCUAAAAUGAUUCGUAAAGACAAUCACAUGGUGACAGGAGAGGGAAGUGCUUCCACAUUGUUUUACAAAAGUAAUGAUACCAUCUCAACUGCAGAACUAUUCAAUUUGGUUUUGCCUCAAGCAAAACUACUUGUCAUACUCAGAAACCCUGUUGACAGGCUUUACUCAGAAUAUUUGGAUUUUGGCUGCCGUAAGAGAGGCUUUCAGAAUUGUUCAAGUAGUGACUUCCACAAGCGUGUGACGAUGGCCAUCCUUGCUUUUAAGAAUUGUUCACAUAGAGAGAACAAUUUAAUCAAGAACUGUAGCAACUAUGCCAUCAGACGUGAUGUCGGAUCAGAAAGAAGACCGUAAUAAUGACCAGGACGACGACUUUCAGCCGCCAACAAAGAUGAGACACAUUGGUUCCAAAAAGCUUACCACUAGUACUAACCAGCUUGACAGCAGAUUUGCUGAAAAGACGAGUAUGGACAAAGCACAGGAGUACAGCAAGGGUAUGGUUUGCAAGAACACACUGCCUGCAACAGUUGGGUGAUGCGAACAUUUGAAGGUACCAACAGACAAAUUUCUCUCAGCGAAGGAUUCACAACUAGAUGCAGCAAAACCACAGACGGAUUGUCAAAAAGUCUGUUACAUUUACGUUGAGCAUGGAUCCAAAAAUCAUAGUGGUGGGCUAAGUAAUUUACGGCAUCCAAACAAAAAAGUCACAAGGUAAAUUAUAGUCAAGCUCCAACGUGACUCUGUAAGGUAAUAGAAUUUUGUGGUUUGUGGUUUCUCUACAUCUAGGUAAGUUGCCAGCAGGAUUUUCUCUCAAGAAGCCUUCUAUUAUAAACCUUUGUCGUCUACUCCUUCAUUUGGUCCUUGGUAUUCAAAGCAAGUAAUCGGUCAUAACACGUUGGCUACAAUGAUGAAAGUGAUGACAGCUGAAGCUGGUCUUCCAGUUCAAACCAACCACGCUCUUUGAGCUACUAGUGCGACAAGGCUGUUUCAAGCGGGAGUUCCUGAACAUGUAAUUCAAGGCAGAACCGGCCACAAAACCUUGCAAGCACUGAGACAAUAUCAAGAGCCAUCUGAAUUGCAGCAAAUGGCAGCGUGCAAAGUUUUGGACAAUGGCCAUGGACACACCGAUUACACUGACGCAAAAGUCAAGGAGUCCGGAGAGACAAUGGAACAGGCAGAUGAGCUGAAAGUAGUCGAGGUUGAACAGCCGUCUGAAACGGGAAGACAGAAUCCGGCGCCAUUUGUCAUUUCUGACUGCGUCUUUACAAACUGCAGUACUGUGAACAUUAUUAUUGGUAAAGAAUAAGCUUGUAAUCUAAAAUAGGUAUGCCCAUGUAUUGAUUGCUAGUUGGUUUGCAGUAUACAGAUUCUGACCGGUCAAUAAACGCACAGGUCAAUAAACGUUUAUUGACCGGUAAAUAUACAACAUGUGGUUGGGUUGCUAUGGUAGGAGUGUAAUAUAAUGAGAAAAAGAAUCCUAGCAACGGCGGAAUAAACACCCAAACAUGCAACAAAUCUACUUAAUUAACAAAUCCACUGUGUGUGUGUGUGUGUGUGUGUGUGUGUGUGUGUGUGUGUGUGUGUGUGUGUGUGUGUGUGUGUGUGUGUCAUCUUUAGCUUAAUUGGUUAGAGAGCGCAUUUUAAGAAUGAAAACAUUCGGGACCUUUGGGACAUGAGUUCAAGUAUGGGAUGGGCAUGACGAGUAUAAUGAUUACCUGGUCAUUGACUGAGGUGGACAAGACCGCUGGCUUGGCAGAACAUCAUGCAGUACGAGGUCCAGUCCUGAGACUGCGCCAAAGUCAGUGCCCUUGGAUGCUCUGGCCAAGUACCUAAGGGUACGUCAGCGCAGCCUAAACGUCGAGUAGCGCUGGAAGCCCACGUAGAAAUAGGCUUGGGGUACUAUCUUCAGAACUCUACUGAACUGCAUAUCCAUUUGUGUGUUUGUGUGUGUGUGUGUGUG